GUUGGAGGUCACAUCUGGUAAUCUGCUAAAUAUCUCAGUUAUUGUCAGACAGGUGAGCAGUUUAACUGAACUGAACUGAACUUGUCAGCUGUAAGAAAGGAGACAAAAAAAAAAAAGGGAAUUGGGGACUCCCCGUGAACAGAGUCCCUACAGAUGGACGAGGGAGCGAGGAACCCCCCCAGUGCACCGGCUGGAUCCCAGAAAGCGGAGGAUGUCGUGACCAAAAGAGCCCGCAAAAAACCAGAGAAAGAAGGGCCGAGCAAUCCAAGCAGGAAAGUUCAGGACAAGGAGAGAAGAAGGAGGAGGAGGAGACAUGGACGAACAACAUAUACUGAUGCAGAUUUGAAAAGUGAUCACGCAGACAAAGACAAGAUGGAGGUCGUCGACUCUGAGUGUCAAACUCAGGAGAGCACACCUGCAGAAACACAACAUGUGGACGACAACCUGACAGCAGAGGAGAACACAGAAGUUCACAAAGACGUUCGGAUGGUGCAAGCUCAGACUCAGACGAGGAAACAGAAAGGAGCACACAAGUUCACACAGACUCCAGUUGUUCUUCAGAGCGACCAGGCAACGCAGACGGAGACCAGUGAGCCGAAACAAGUCGACGAAAAGACCAAACCUGGCGCUGAAAACGAUCCUGGAGCAGAGCCGGAACCAGACAAACACACACCUGAGGCCAAGUCACAGGAUGACCAGGCGGCUCCUUUAAAGCAGAAUGAGAGUCCAGAAAAGGAAAAAGAUUCAGCAGGGGAGCAGAAUCCUCCUGAAGGGUCAGAGUCUAAAGGACCAGAGUCUAAAGGACCAGAGUCUAAAGGGGCAGAAACCUCCGAUACUCCCACAGAUUCACCGGCUGGAAAAAGUGGCACACCGCAGUCUUACGCCUCGGCCGUGGCUGGAGAGGGCGGGAGUGAGAAGAAGAAGUCCGGUGUGAAAGACUCCAAAGCUGCAGAUAAAACCUCACAGAACACACGGUGAGUGAUCCAAAGCAGCAGCAUCGAUGAGUCCUGUUGACUCUUUGAUUGUUAUGUGUGUUUAUGAGAGUUUAAAGACACAAUUUGUGCAGAAGAAUCAAAGAAAUGAACCCUCAGGCAUCAGUUUAAUUUACUGCCCUCUUAAGUCACUUAGGACAAAAAUGUACAUGCCAAAAAACUGAUAUAAAAAUAGAACAGAUUCAUAUUUUUUUCUACUUUUUCUUUUUGUUGCAUAAAUCUCUUAAACAGCUUCAGCCCUGCUCAAAAAUAUCAAAUAUUGAGUAAUUAUCAGGAAUUUAACCCUUUAAAUGCCAGUUUGAUUACAUGAUUCUGGCAUUUAAAGGGUUAAAUUCCUGAUAAUUAUUCAAUGUUUGAUAGUUUUGAGCAGGACUGAAGUUGUUUAAGAGAUUUAUGCAGAAAUAAAAAGUAGAAAAAAAUAAAUCUGUUCUAUUUUUAUAUCAGUUUUUGUAAAUUGGACAUUUUCGCCCUCCAAUGUCCAAACAGGGAACUACAUUUUAAAUCUGAUGCUACACAAAAACUAACAAUGCAUCAAAGUCAAUAUUUUGGAUAAUCUUUGACAUAUCCAAGACUGAUUUUUUUAAAAAUCCCCCAGCCACCAAAUAUUUGUUUUAUGGAAAAUAACUCAUGUUUGUGUUUUUUUUCAUAAAUAACAACAGUGACAUCAAGUAAUCAAACCGGCAUUUAAAGGGUUAAAUUCCUAAAAAUGAUUGAAUGUUUGAUAGUUUUGAGCAGGGCUGAAGUUGUUUAAGAGAUUUAUGCAGAAAAAAGUAGAAAAAAAUAUCAAUCUGUUCUAUUUUUAAAGCAGUUUUUUGUAAGUGGACAUUUUUGUCCUGAGUGACUUCAGAGGGUAGUAAACAUGUUUCAGUGUUCUAUUGAUCUAUUAAAAAAAUAAAAUGUGCAUUCCAAAAUGUGUCAAGAGACUUUCUUACUAAAAAUGUGUGCCAUAUGCACUAACAGACAAAAUGAUGACCAGAUGAAGAGGAAACAUUUGACCAAAUGGACAAAAAUGUCCAUAGUGAUGCAUGAGGGUUAAAG